AUGGGAAAGACCUUUCCCCGGUGCCUGCAGCAACUGGACUACCGCAAGAGCAUUGUGGGCCUAGUCACAGGCGCCGGGGCCCUCUACCUGCUGUACAAGGCCGUCAGGGUGGGCAUAAAAUGCACACCGCCCCUCUGCUCCAAUUCGCCCAUCUGCAUCGCCCGUGAGUGCCCAGGCCCUGGGGAGAGGGGGCUGCCCCAGGGGGCCCCUGCUCCCCAGGCCUCCUCCUCUCCUCCUUCAAGCCUGGCCAUCGAGAGAGAGCGCCACGGGCGGGACUCUGGCGAGAUCCGAAGACUUCUCAAUUCUCUAGAGUGCAAACAUGACGAGUAUGUCAAGAGCAUGAUCCUGCACAGCAUCACCCGCUGUGUGUACUUGCUGGAGACUGAGGCCUCUGCUUGCACUACGGAAGACAUCUGCUUGGUGGGUGACAUGCUGGAUGACACAGACAACAGUGUCAAGAUCCAAGCUCUGAAUGCACUGAAAGCUUUCUCUGGCAUCAGGAAAUUCAGGCUCAAAAUCCAGGAACAUUCCAUUAAGGUGCUGGAACUGCUCUCCACCAUCUGGGACACGGAGCUGCACAUAGCUGGCCUUCGACUCCUCAACAACCUCCCCCUCCCGGACUACGUCCACCCACAGCUGCGGCGGGUGAUGCCCGCCUUGAUGGAGAUCAUGCAGGCGGACUAUAUCCUGGCACAGGUACAAGCCGUCCGCUUACUGAGUUACCUGGCACAGAAGAACGACCUUCUCUACGACAUCCUCAACUGUCAGGUACAUCCCAACUUCCUGAGCCUGUUCCAGUCCACCCAGCCGGGAAGCCUGCUGUUCGAGGUGCUGGUGUUCGCCGAGCGCCUGAGCGAGGGCCGGAACUCCACCCACUACCGCGCGGUGAAGUGGCAUUACCACGAGCAGUCCCUGCACGAGGCCCUCUUCGGGGACGAGUCGAGGCUGGCGGACCGGCUGCUGUCCCUGGUCAUUCACCCCGAGGAGGAGGUGCAGAUCCAGGCCUGCAAGGUCAUCGUGAGCCUGCAGUGUCCACAGGACGUGGGCUGCCGGCCGUCCAGCUGCCGGCCGUCUCCCUGCCGGCCCAGCCAGUCCUACUUUCAGAACGGGGAGUGACGAGAACGAGAAACCAAUAAAUGCAUACGGGAGGGAAGCGUGAGGCUUCUGAGAGCGCGUCUGUCCCUGCCCUCCCAGGGCCUGGGCAGAGGCGCUGUUCGCCAGGGCCUCGGCCUAGGCCAGGGCACAGCACGGGCCCAUCUCCCCAGACACCCCACUUUCGUGUUUGGGAGACUGACCCCCUCCUUCUGUUGCUGUUCU